AUGAAGAAAGUGGACGUGCACCAACUAUUAGGGAUCGCACCAGUUCCUCAAAGCUCGCAGGGAGCUGCGUGCCAGUGCGAAUUAGGUCGAGAGAAGUUGCUCACAGCCCCACCUUACAAGACUACACCUUCAGGAGAUGAGAACAAGUCCCGCUACCCGACAGCACCAUGCGCGAGGGAAGCAGACCAGAUGAUAUGCCCCAUUAGCCACGUACUUGUCACCUUCAAGUCGCCGCUACACCCCAAUGAUGUGUUCACUAAAGUCUUCCCCACGUCUACACCCGUCAAGUUCGUUAAACGAAAGUUAUCAAAAUUACUCGGCGUGUCAAACAGUAACCUUAUACUAACUAGAAAUAGAAAUGUAUUGAACGAAGCGAGUCUCUUAUCUCAGCUCAAGGCUGAUCCACUUGGAUCCCUUUCGAUCGAUGUCUUUACGAAGGACUCUGAAGAUUUUUCCUUAUCAUCGAUACCAAAGGAAUCUUACGUCCAUGAAUUAUUGCACGCAGUUCUCCCAAAGAAGAAAGAAAUGCCAUUUAUAGCUAUUAAAUUCAGGGUCUCAAAUCAGAAUGCCACUUUUACUCGUUCAUACCAUUCCAUAAUAAAGAUUCACGAGAUAAAGAAAAACUUGGCAGAACUAUUUUUACAGGACCCUAAUAAUUUGGUAUUUUUAAGAGGAGAUUGUAUAUUGAAGGACCGUAUGGCUCUUAUGGACCUCGAUUAUGAUAAAUAUGGAAUAGCAGAGGUUGAAUUAGUAACGAAAAAUAAAGCCACACUGGAUUUAGCCAAAUUAUAUAAGGAAAAUCCAGUUAAUGACGUCUUAAGUGUGUCAGUACCGUUUGGCACCGAAAUUAAACAGAUUAAUGUAGAGAUAUUCUCAGAUCCUAUGCGAAAGCCAUUUUUAGGAGGAUAUAGAAAUGUACAUACAGGUGUCAUUUAUCAUCACGCGUACACCCAAACACCUCAGAAACCUGAGAAAUUGCCACCAGAGUCGAAGAACUGCAGAGAUACUCAAACAGCAAAAGAAAAAGAAUGCGUACAUGACACAAACUACAGUCGAGCAACUCAAAUGAAUAGUGUGCACGCAUAUAUCCCAAACGUGACUGACAGGAUAGUCGUGCCGAAACCGUACGAGACGUAUUACGAGAUGGUCAUCAGGCUAAACCACAACCAUUACGCGUCAAUCAUACAACGCGCCUUUAGACAUCAUCAGUAUCGUCAAAUGGUUGACAGAUGGUUAAAAGAAUGCAGGGAAAGGAUAGAGAGAAUGAAAGAGGAGGAGAGAUUGGAACGAGAAGCGAUGGAGAGGCGUCUCCGACACGAUCUUAUUACUAAAACCUUUCCGAAAACGCGUGAAGAUUUUGAUCAACUUUAUGCGAUGGUUGAUCGUUGGAAACACGCUGAAAUUGCCAGAAUAUCUCAAUUGCACGCAAAAGGUCCAAAAAUUGCAGAAUUUUCAUUACUUCUUGAUAAGGAAGUAGAAUUACUACGAUGCAUUGAGGACUACAGAGUCAAGGUGAGAGAAGAUAGCAGAAAGAUUAAAGAAAAACGAUUCUUAGAAGAAAUUUCAAAACCUGUUGCUUGGUACGGUCGUGAUGGUAAAAUUAUAACGAUGGAAACUGUCGAAAUACAGAAAGCAAAAAAAUUAAAAGAACUAUAUAAUUCCUUUAUACGCAAUGAUAUGGACACUAAGGAGCGAAUCGAGCUUCUAGUCGACAUGAAAUUUGCCUUGCAAGACUUCCGCCAUCCUCUAGCUGAAGAAGUUAUUACUCUAUUGGAUCAAGAGAGUGAUUUGCUCAUAAGGCAAUACAAUUCUCAUCAACUCGAGUACCUAAGGCGUAGAGCAGCUGGCUGUGUCAUCCGGCUAAUACAAUCGUCUGAACUAAACUCUGGAGUUACAAAGUACAAGGACGUAAGAGAUUUCAAGAAAAUGGAGAACGGCAAUCUUCAUUUCUGCGAGUUGUGCCAUCAGGUGAAACCUUACACGGACUUCCCAUUGAACACGAGAAUGACUGGAUGUUUGAUUUGUAAAUCCUGCUCGUGGAAAGAUGUGAAUGAGCGAAGCUGGAUCGAUAUGACACCGUUUAAGUUUAUUUUAAGGGCUGUACAGCGUGACGAACGUCGCCGAAAGUGUUGGGGGUCUUUAGCCUUCGUGCUCCAAGAGAAAGAUAUUUUCUUCAUAGUGGAGAAACUUUGGCAUUCACAUUCAGCAAUCAGCGAAUGCGAUGACAUCACGGAAUUGAGAUUAUGUAGAUGGCAUGUGAACGAGGAUUGGUCACCAUGGAACUGUUUUCUAGUGACAGUGCAGGAAAUGAAGGCUCAUUUAAAACUUGAAGAACCUGAACAAGUCUAUGAUGAGGAGCUAGUUCAGAAAGUAGGGAAUAAACACAAACUUGCGAAGGCAAACUUCGAGCAGCUGAUGGCUGUGAACAAGCGGUAUACGGAAACUGGAGACUGGCAGAGCAUCCGAGUCCCCGCCAUAGCCCGAGUGGAUGCUGUAGAACGAAUUUAAUACUUUUAGAAUAUUUUGCUGAGGACUCAUUGUAUCAUGGUAAUAAUGUUUGUUAUUGUAUUGUAGUUUUUCUAUGUUGAGUUAUUAUGAACUAUUGUAGUUUAUGUGCGUAGUUAUCGCGGAGUUAAGAGCUAAAAUAACUGUAUUUUCCUUGUAACUGUAAGCUGCCCUACAUUCUGUUCUGAAGCAUUUUCUGUUGCAAGGAGAAUUAAAAAUAAGCUCGAUUUAGUUGUUUUGCAUUUGUGCAAGUAGUUUUUAAACAUGCGAUUACACUGAUUUAAGUGAUUGUCAUGUAGAUAUAUAU